AUGUUUUCCUCAUCCAAACCCUCCCUAUUCUCGCCCUGGACAUCCAUGGAGCAAGGAGACUCAGACGCUCUGGACAUCAGCACCAAAGUGCAACUUCAUGGGGUCCUUUGGAAGAGACCUUUCGGGAGGCCCUCGACCAAGUGGUCCCGCAGAUUCUUUAUCAUCAAGGACAGCUUCCUGUUAUAUUAUGCAGAGAAUGAGAAAAAAAACUUCGAGACAAAUAGGCACUUCAACAUUCACCCUAAGGGGGUGAUCCCAUUGGGUGGAUGCGUCGUUGAGUCAAGAGAGGAUCAAGGCAUGCCAUUCGCAAUGGUUAUCAACCACGAGGAAUUCACUGGAAAUAUUGUCCUAGCUGCUGAAUCGGAGUCAGAGCAGAAUCAGUGGGUGGAGAUGCUGCAGGAGUCUGGAAAAGUUACUUGGAAGAACGCUCAGUUGGGGGAGGCUAUGAUUGAAAGUCUGGAAGCUCAGGGCCUACAGCUGGCUAAGGAAAAGCAAGAAUACCUCGAUAAGCUCAUGGAAGAGACUGAGGAAUUGUGCUUACAAAGAGAACAGAAAUCGGAGCUGGAGAGACUGAAUCAGUUGCUGGAGGAAGAAAAGCAGAAGUUUGAGGAAGUGGUUCAAGAGUUGAGAGCAGAACAGAAGCAGAUUAAACUAGAUCUGGACGGUACUGCUCAGUGUCUCAAGGGAGUGGAGUCUGAGAAAGAAGAACUUCAUAGUGUCACCAGACUGCUGCAAAAAUCCCUAGAGGAGUUGUCUCAGGAGAAACAGCGCACUCUGGAGCUGUUCAAAGUGAGAGGACAGGAUGCGACUGAAACAGGGAGUGAAUGCAGGGCAUCUUUAUACUCCAUGGAUCCAGAGGUGCAGCUUAAGGGGAACCUGAGACACAUCGAGGAGCAGAUGAGAAGCCUGCUUAGAGAGAAGGAACAGGCAGAAGAGAGGCUGAAGGAGAAAGAACUGCGGGCAAAAGUGCUGCAGGAGGAGCGAGAGUUUUAUUCUUCUCAAGCUAACACUCUCCAGCAGUCCCUCACGCAGCUCACAGCAGAUAAACAGCACACUGAGGAAGAGCUAAAGGCUGAGAUGGAGUCUCGUGUGGAACUGGAGAGUAAGCUGAAAUUGGCUGAGGAGGCGCUGCAAGACCUAGAACAGGGUCUAAACACAAAAGAACGCUCCCGUGAAAGAGAGGAAAGAAUGAAGGGAGACGUCAGCCAUCUCCGAAAGUUCUUUGAGGAAUGUAUCUGUGCUGCUGAGAUUGACGCCAAGUUACCAGCCAUCAUGAAGAAUGCAGUAUAUCUGCAUAAAGCUGCUGCUCGCCGCAUCAAAAGCUGCCGAAUUCAGAAAAGGGUCUCAAAGCAUCACUGGUUGAAGCACUCUCAGUCAUUUGCCUCUUCACACAAUGAAGUCCCCAGUUUAGACGAGCUGAGAGAAACUGCUCGCCGUCUGACUUCAGACAGUUGUUUGAGACAGCGUGUCUACAAGAUCAUCACCCGCCAGGAGACUGUACAGUCUGACGACUAA